UGUGAAUAAUCAGUUGAUGAAAACCUGCAGGAUCUCCACAUAUCAAGCUCAGUCAUCCAGCAAAAUGGAGAUUCAGCAGCAAAAUAAGCUGUAUCUGGAGGCCAUCCAGGAAGAGUCAGAGCAAGAAGAUGAAAUCGGAGGAAGCAAAACAGGGGAAAGUGAGGAGUAUUCUCGGACUCAAGUGGGUGUGGACACAGAGGAGGUAAUGACAGAAGAUGAGAGUGAAGAAGAGGAAGACGAUGUUCCGCUGAGGGUUCUCAGACCCAGGCGACUGUCUCGUUCUUCGAGCCAAGAGAGUUUUGUUCCGAUGCCACCUGCUAACAAUGACCAGGAAGAAACGCAGAAUUCCUCAGUGUCAGACACGAGCUCACGCACAGAGGAUUUCCGUGAUGAAGCUACAACACCUGGGCAGCCAGAGGUAGAAAAUGGGAAGCAGUCCAGUCGCAGGGAGCUGGCAAUAAAGAUCUCCAAGAUCAGAUGGCAAAAACACACACCACCUAAACCAUCAGUAAAGAAGAGGAGGACAAACGAGACGCGCCGCAAGGAACCAUCAGUGGUUAAAAAUGUUUCCAAGGCGGACCCGCUUCCUCCGUGGCUGGUAGACCUGAUGGUCAACAUCGAAGAGGCAACAACACACCAACUGGUGGUUGAGUAACACUCAUCACAGGCCUCACGAGGUGAGCGUGGAACAUGUUGGGUACACCAAGCAUUGACCUUGUUGAAGAAUACUGAAUGUAGAAGGAAAAAAACAUACCAUAAUAAGAGCUGGCACUGCCAGAGAGUAAGGUCCAUGUGCAAUAUUUAUGUCAGUUUUGUUGUCAUUAGCUGUGAAGUAACGAGUACAAUAAGGCCUAUAGGUUUCAUAAUGAGUUCACUGCAUGAUGAAAACAUUUGUUCCAUUCCUGUCAACAUAUUAGUUUUUUGUGCAAUUUUAUAUUAAGAAAAAAAAAUCAAUCUUAUUUGACUAUAAUUCUGGCUUUUGUGUGUUGUUCUCUAACCCCAUGUUAACCUCCCCAUACAUCAGACAUACAGUAGCUUAUGUGUAACUUAAUAAAUGUGGUUGUCAGCUUCAACCUGAACCAAUUUACCUCGGUCCAAGUCGGUGUCUUUUGAUUUAAAUGUCCAUGUAAAAUACUCAGAGGCCAAAGCUCUCUCUGUAAAGUGCAGUCAAACAUGUUGCCAGUUGUGUAUUUAACUUUGAGAGAGCAAUAGGGAAGAGGUUAUCUUUAUUGGGUGCAGCUUGUCUUUACCAUUUGAUAUGUUGCCAGUCAAGAUGUGGUGUGUUUUUUUUUUUUUUUGUUUUUUUUUUUCAAUAAGAAUAAUUUUCGAACUAAAUGGGGGAGGGAGGGGAGAGUGGUGUUUCGAUUGUUUUUAGACCUAUUUUGGGAGAAUUUUCAUGCUAGUCUAAUGCUUUGUCACUAUACACAUAAAAGCAAAGAGUCGUAGCCAAAUAGUUACUUAAUACUUUACCAUAAAGACCUCUUUUCCAUUGGCUGAAGUAUCCACAUCCUUUACUUAAGUAAAAGUAGACAAUACAUGUACAGCAGCAAUCUAAAACCACUUCAUUACAAGUAAAAGCUCUGCAUUAAAAUGUUUACUGUGAGAAGAGGGCUGUAUUAACAAAAUGUACUUAAACUAUUAAACAUGCUGUUAUAUACAUUAUGUAUAUUAUAGAUGUCAAUA